AUGGAGUCCGGUGCCAUCAACGAUUCUCAGAUAACGGCCAGCUCUGCGCACGAUAUCGGCAACGUUGGACCACAGCACGCAAGAUUGAAAGUGGACAACAAUGGAGGCGCCUGGUGUCCGAAGCACAUGGUUUCGCGGAACCUGAACGAGUACCUGCAGAUCGAUUUGAAGCGGAUGCACGUUGUUACGGCCAUUAAGACUCAGGGCCGUUUUGGCAAAGGACAAGGCCGAGAGUACACCGAGGCGUACGUGCUGGAAUACUGGCGACCCGGGUUCUCCAAGUGGAAACGGUGGAAAAACACCCGAGAUAAUGAGAUCCUGUCCGGGAAUACCAACACCUACAGCGAGGUGGAGAACCUUCUGCAGCCAAUUAUCUUUGCGUCGAAAAUUCGCAUCUACCCGUACAGUCAGUACGACCGGACGGUUUGCCUCCGGGCGGAAAUCAUCGGCUGCGAGUGGGACGAGGGAUUACUGUCCUACAGCAUACCGAAGGGUGUGAUCCGUGGCAUGGAGGUUGACCUCUCGGAUCGCAUCUACGACGGGGAGGAGGAAGGAGACCGCCUCGUCGGAGGUCUCGGUCAACUGGUGGACGGUCAGAAGGGAGCCGAUAACUUUCGCACCGACAUUCACGGUUUUCGGCAAGGGAAGUAUCCGUAA